UACCAAGUCGAGAAAUUCCAUUAACAAACAUUUUUUUAUGCUCUAAUUUCUCGAUCUCUUUCAAAACUCUGAAAAAUCCACUCUUUUGACAAAAACCGAGGGAGACAAAUAUCGAAACAACGAUACAGAAAGAUCUGCAAAAACCCAACAGAGAUUGGGUUUUUGAGGCUGCUUUUGGAUAUUUGGAUGUGGGUAUUGAACUGUAAUUGAAGAAUGGGUGGAAUGUGAAUGGUUUGAGGGGUUUAAUUUUGGGGUGGCUUUGAUCCUUGGUGUCCAAGGAGUUUGUGUGUUGAAAUGGCUGAUAUAGAAGGUUUACAAGCAGCAGCAGGGUCUAGAUUUAGUCAGGUGGAGUUGAUUGGUAGAGGAUCCUUUGGUGAUGUCUAUAAAGCGUUUGAUAAGGAGUUGAACAAAGUAGUUGCUAUUAAAGUUAUUGAUUUAGAGGAAUCCGAGGAUGAAAUUGAGGACAUCCAGAAUGAAAUUUCUGUUUUGUCACAAUGCCGCUGUCCAUACAUCACAGAGUAUUAUGGUUCCUACCUUCACCAAACUAAACUGUGGAUAAUAAUGGAAUACAUGGCUGGUGGUUCAGUUGCUGACCUACUCCAACCUGGUCAUCCACUAGAUGAAAUGUCCAUUGCCGGUAUCAUAAGGGAUUUGCUGCAUGCAAUUGAAUACCUACAUAAUGAAGGAAAGAUUCACAGAGAUAUCAAAGCGGCAAACAUUUUAUUGGCUGAGAAUGGUGAUGUUAAGGUUGCAGAUUUUGGUGUUUCAGCACAACUAACAAGGACGAUAUCCCGGAGAAAGACUUUUGUAGGAACACCAUUCUGGAUGGCACCAGAAGUGAUUCAGAAUUCAGAUGGAUACAAUGAAAAGGCAGAUAUAUGGUCUUUGGGAAUAACUGUGAUUGAAAUGGCCAAAGGAGAACCUCCAUUGGCUGACCUUCACCCUAUGAGAGUUCUUUUUAUAAUACCCCGAGAAAAUCCGCCGCAGUUGGAUGAACAUUUUUCCCGCCCUAUGAAAGAAUUUGUUUCUUUAUGUUUAAAGAAGGUACCUGCUGAGAGGGCUAGUGCCAAGGAACUUCUCAAGCAUCGUUUUAUCAAGACCGCUAGGAAGAGUCAGAGGCUUCUCGAGAGAAUUAGAGACCGGCCAAAGUACCAAUUGAAGGAAGAUGCUGAAACCCCCAGAAACAGCCCCAAUCCUUUAGGGGAAUUUACUGACACUGUGAAGGUAUUAAGAGAUAUAAGAGGUGAAGGAACUGUUCGAACUAGUAAUAUGGGGAAAACAUUUAGAAGUGCUGGAUGGGACUUCAGUAUUGGUGGAAUGCAGAAUACAGGCACCGUUCGAACUGCUCCAAAACCUCCGCAAGUUAGAGAAAGGAAAUCGGACGUUUCAUAUAAUCAAGCUAAACUGAGACCUCCAAGUGGGAAUGCACUUAAUGAAUUCCCUGACGUUUCCUUUGGCGAAGGCAUUAGAGAGUCACAUUCCGAUGAAAAUCAGGAUAACUACCAUGAUGAUGAAACAUCAGUCAGUGGGUCAGGAACUGUAGUCGUAAGAUCUCCUAGAGGAUCUCAAUCAUCUGCUUUGGUUCGUGACCCAAGUUCUCUUUCUAGCAGCGGAUAUGCCUCUUUUGAAGAUGCUUCUACCAGUGGAACUAUUGUUCUCCAUGGACAACAUGACGACUCUGAUUCUCAAACUCCAAGAUCUAGGGUAGGUAUUCAAGGGAAGCCUUCGACUGCAUCAGCUGAAGAUAGUACAGCAAAUCUUGCCGAGGCAAAGGCUGCAAUUCAAGCCGGGCUGACGAGAGGAAAUGCUAGGGACAAGUCUGCAAUGAGCAAGAACAGUACCCCGGGAAACGAAAACAGAAGAAGAUAUCAAAUGAGUAAGAGUUCCGACUCUUCCAGUUCUCAUGAAUAUUUUGAUACACAAAGAGCAUUCCCAAGAACACGUCAACCAAGUGAUGAUGAAGAAAAUGCAAAGAUUGCAUCAUCAUCUGUACCACUAUCCAUGUUGCUUAUCCCUUCCAUUAAAGAGGUAAUUGCUGAUGAUUCAGAAGGGUCAGUUGCGCAUGCGGUUACAAGUUCUUUCAUGCUAAUGGAGCGUACAAAACCUGGAUCUUGUGAAGCUCUUGUAUACAAGUUGCUCGAUCGAUUAGCAAGCUCAAAGGAAUCAUCAAUGAAAGAUCUGCAUGAGCUUUCAUCUCGCUUGUUCAAUAAGGGCGAGACACAAAAUAGAAUCCCAAAUACCGACAGUAAGAAAAAGGCGCAGCAUAAAGAACUUCAUUCGAAUUCCAACUUGAGUCCACUAGCAAGAUUUCUUCUUUCCAGAUGGCAAAGCCAAACAUCGCGAGAUCUCGAGCCUGGUUAAAACGAAAACUGUUGGAUCGAGUAUACAUCUCUGCUUCGUAGUGUGGUUUAAUUUUAUGCAUUUGUUCUGAUUUUGAUGUUCAUAACAUGGAAAGCAAUUGUGUAUUUUAUUUCUGCUUCACAUUUGUCUUGGCAUCAUUGAUGUAUAAUUAGGGUUUGCAAUUGUAAU